AUCAAAAAUAUUGUCAGUCGUCUCGAUAAUUAAAGUUGUAUUUUAGAAAAUUUAGCAUAAUCUUCAGGUCUUUCAUUUGGAAGUGUUACUAGAUGGCUACCAAUGCACCAGCCCGCAAGCCCAGCAACGUGCUCAGCAGCCGUCUGAGCUAUAAGCCAUUGAAAUUGGAAAUGCCUCAGCUUGCGCGCGCCUACCAGCCGCCGACCAUUGUCAGUGUGAAUGCCAAGGAUGCGAACAAGGAUAAGGACAAGGACAAGGAUCGAAAACAAAAGAUGGCAGUAACGAAGCAAAGCAGCAAUCCAAAGUCGUACAGCAAGCGCACUGAGGCGCCAGCCACAGCCGCAGCUAGUGCAUCCGUUCAAAUGGCAGGCCAGGGUAAGGUGACGAAGGUGACGUCCAACGAGCGCACUGUGGUGCUGGCCAGGCACGUCGACCAGGCCCAGUAUGGGAAGCAAGCGCGCAAGCCGAAGCUGGAUGGCGCCGCAUCGAGAACGAAGAAUCUGCGGCCAACGCCCGCGGAGACAGCGCUGCCGACCAACAAACAUGCGAAGGAGUCAAAAUCACCGGACAAGGCAGACGCUGCUGCCCAGCGUCAGAUUCGCAGCAAGAACCAAAGUCACAAUACCAAAAUCUUCUUCGAUAAGUAUCUGAAAUUCGCCUACGAUCUGACCACGCCCGACGGUGUACGCCAGCUGGAGGCGCACUUCUUUCCCGCCGACAAUCACGCGAACAGGCAGACGCGAAAGAAAAGCGAGUCCGGCGAUACCAGCGAGAAGCCGCUCCCCGGCGGAGAGGAGCGCCUGUCCAGCGUAAGCAUGCACACCAAUUCCACUGUUCAAGUACUGCAGCAAGGCAAAUGCUGCGAUGCCAAGGAUAAAUAGGGCCUUUCACGAGAUCUCACAUUCAACUCUGUCAAAAUUUUAUGGUUUUUAGAUCGAAAAAUUUGUAAACAUUCGCAAUGAAAAUUAAAUUCGGGCGCGUUAUGAAUUCAAAGAA